AUGGAGGCCUUAACCAAACAAUAAAAAGAGUAGAUUGCUGAGGAGCAAACAAAUUAUUACAAAGAUUUGAUUAGUGAUUUAGAAUAUAAGCUAAUUGAAUUGAAGCGUAACAUUCACGAUAAGGAAUAUGCCAUAUAGGAGUUAGAACGAAUGAAGCCAAUUUAGGAGAAGGAAGGUCAAUUAGUUAAACUUAUAGAGGUGGUGACACCUUCAGAAUAAAAUCUGAAAUUGCAUGAAGAGUUGGAAAGUGUCAGAGGAGUCUUGCAGAAAAUUACAGCGGAAGCUCAGAGUGUUUCAGAAAGCAACAAUGCCUUGAGAGAAGUCAAUUAUCACCUGAAAAGGGAAAUAUUCAAAAUGAGAAUUGUACUGAGAAGUUAGGUGACCUAUUAAAAUAUGAAGGAUUUUGUGUAUAAUGAAUAUCUCGAUAAAACAGAUAACAAUCUUGAAUUGAACAAGGAGUAGACUAGAACAAAUGCAUUAAGAACUUGUAUGGAACCAGCAAGUUUAGGCUAUGGGUUUUCUCCAGAACCAUAGCAAUUGAAGUAUCUGAGCAAAAAUGAAAGGAUGAUUUAUCAAGAGAAGUUGCAUAAGAUGGAAAUGAUGGUUAAAGGAUUCAAAGAGUUAUUUGAAAAGGAAAAAAAUAAUUAUAUAUAUAUUAGCAAAUUGCAUAAUGAAUUAGUCAAGAAAUAUGAUUAGAUUCAAGACAACAAUGAAUUAUUAAUACGUUCAAAUCAAUUGAAAGAUUAAAAGAAUGAGUAAUUGAUGGCAGAAUUGCAAUUUUACAAGAAACAAAAUUAAAAUUAUAUGGAAUAACUCAAAACUAGAAAAUAAUUCAAUUCUAUAUAGCUGAAUCAAGAAUAAGAUAUAGCUGUUGGCAUAUUUAGUCCUAGAAUCAAUAAUGAACGAGUCAACACUUAACCAUCCUAUUUCGCCAGGCACUCCUAGUAAUUAUCGAAUUUUGAUGGUAAAUUGGAUGAUACAGAACCAAAAGAAAAUAUCUCAGUCCAAUUAAACAAUUCAAAUCAAAAACAAAUUCAUCAAGUGCUUCCUCAAGUUCAAAUGAAGAAGCUCUAAUUAAAAGAAUUAGAGAUUAAUACAGAUGAUAAUUUUGAGUAGGCUCCUUAUUGUUAAACAGCAAGAGCUGACUCUAAACCUCUUGUUAGAAAUCAAAUGCAGCAGAAGAAGACCUCAUACUAUGAUAUGACUAGAGAAGAAUGCGUUAAUUUCAUUAUGUCAAUGUCCAGUGAAUUCUUUUAACAUUUUGAUAUAAGUAACGUAAAGAAGAAACAAUUAAUUAAAUAGAUGGAAGAUCCUUUGUCAUAAAUAAAAAGAUAGAAAAGAUCUUACAGUAAUCCAUUUUCUUAUUUUUCAAAUGAGAGUCAGGUCAAUUUUACCAAACCCCCGAAAUAAUCAGUUGUGGCCAUUACCAAAAAUGAAAUCUAGUAAUUAUUGGGUCAAUUGACUUGCAAAAGGAAAUAGCAAUCCGAGCAUUUUGAUUUAUUCAGUGUUGACGUUUCUUAAAUUGAUGGUAAUAAGAGCAAGAAAUAAAUGCUUGAUUAAGAUAUUAGUUUUAUUUCAAAUAUCGAUUAACAAGAUUGA